AUGCACAACAUCCUGUAUUCAAUUCUGGCCACAGCCAUGCUGGCCGCUAGUGCUCUCACCCAGCUCAUGCCUCCCACAUUCAACAACACAACCCCAGCUGACGGCGACAAGGACGGUGCCCUGCGGCUCCACAACUACUACCGCGGACAAGUCGGCGUCCCUGCCCUGACCUGGUGCGACAACCUCACCGAUGUGGCUCAGGUCGCUGCCGAUUGGGAGGCUGGAGCCGACAUUCCUAACACCCCCACCAACUUCACCCGCCGCUUCCCUCAGAACGAGAGCUACUACUUGAGUGUGGUGUACAUAUCCCCAGGUACACCUCGCGUGUUUGGCGCCUUCUACCACGCGACCCUGGCCUUCUGGGCUGACCACAUUCACUACCACGGCGAGGUCAUUCCCAACGGUGACUUUUUCAACUACGCCGCCUACACCCAGAUGGUCUGGAACGGCACCACCCGCCUUGGAAUGGCCGGCGCCACGAACCGCGAGAACGGAACCUUUGUCGUUGCUGCCUACUCUCCCCCGGGCAACAUAUACGGACAGAAGCCGUUCAACAACAACACUGCCUGCAACAACACCAGCGGCGGCACUUGA